UUUAUAUCUAAUGGACAUACCAAAAAGAACAGAACAUAGACCACCUAGACCUCCUAUACCCAAGUUCCGACUUAUUGGGGCAGGAACUGAUACACCUGAUUUCCUCCCUCCUCCAAAAUCUGAGGAAUCCUCUCUUAUUGCAUUAUCCAUGGAUAAUACGUCUGAAACAUCUAUCGAAGAUAAUAAUGAAUCAUAUUUUACGAGAAAGAGAUUUUCUGCUAUUGUAGAAGAAAUUACAAAUCAGAUUGUUCAACUGGGAUUAAGUUAAGAACUUUUAAAAAUAGGAAUAUCAUUUUUAAAGCCUGAAUUGCUUGACGGUUUAAAAUAAAAAAAGUAUAAAGCUAUUGCUGUGGCAAUCAUCAUCGCUGCUUUGAAACAAAUCAAUGCUCCAGUAACAUAAAAAGAGAUUUUGUCGAAAACUUCGGUCUCAGAAAAACAAAUCAAAAAAAUUCUUCUAAAGAUUCACAGUUCAUAUGAUUUAGAGGCUAUCGUUCAUUCAUUUAUUAAAUAGAUUUCAAGUUCAAUAGGACUUAAUGAAAAAUUCAUUAACUUUUGUCUUUAGAUGUUUAAGGAAAUAAACCAAAGAAAUCUGAUCUAAGGAGAACAUGAAAAUGUAAUAGCUGGAACGAUUAUUAAAUAUUGUGGAGAUAUUAUCUUUGCUGAUAGAGGAGGAAUAGUGGCAUAAGUAAUAGCAGAUCAUGCGAAAUGCAGUAUUGGACCACUGAAGAACUUCCUAAAAAAGGUUGAAAUUAGCUUGCCCUUUAACCCUUAACAUUAGAAGGAAAGAUGAUAACUAUCUAC